CGGCGACGGCGCUCGGUGCUGAACCUCGCUGCGCAGCAGCACCGGGGGCUGAAGCGCAGGAGCCGACGGGGCCGGGUCGGGAUGGUGCAGCGGCGGCUCCGAGGCGCACACACGCACUGAGUGGGCCCAAGCUGGGCCGCGCGUCCCCCGCGCCCCCCGCCGCCGCGAUCCCGGCCGGCAUGAUGUGCCUGGAAUGCGCCUCAGCGGCGGCGGGCGGCGCGGAGGAGGAGGAGGCGGACGCGGAGCGGCGCCGGCGCCGGGGGGCGCAGCUAGGGGCUAGCGGAGCUGGUUGCUGCGGGGCGCGGGCAGCGAGCGCCGCUGGAGUCGCGGCCGCCGACGAUGAGGUGCAGACGCUGUCGGGGAGCGUGAGGCGGGCCCCGUCGGGACCUCCAAGCACCCCCAGCACCCCGAGCUGUGCAGCCGCUGCCAAGGGCCCGAGCGCGCAGCAGCCCAAACCAGCCAGCUUGGGCCGCAGGCGAGGGGCAGCCGCCGCCAUCCUCAGCUUGGGCAACGUGCUCAACUACCUGGACAGGUACACCGUAGUAGGUGUCCUUCUGGAUAUCCAGCAGCACUUCGGGGUCAAGGACCAAAGUGCCGGAUUGCUGCAAUCAGUGUUCAUCUGCAGCUUCAUGGUGGCCGCCCCCGUCUUUGGCUACCUGGGUGACCGCUUCAACAGGAAGGUGAUCCUCAGCUGCGGCAUUUUCUUCUGGUCAGCAGUCACGUUCUCCAGCUCCUUCAUCUCCCAGCAGCACUUCUGGCUGCUGGUCCUGUCCCGGGGGCUGGUGGGCAUCGGUGAGGCCAGCUACUCCACCAUCGCGCCCACCAUCAUUGGCGACCUCUUCACCAAGAACACACGCACGCUCAUGUUGUCUGUCUUCUACUUCGCCAUCCCGCUGGGCAGCGGCCUGGGCUACAUCACCGGCUCCAGCGUGAAGCAGGCAGCCGGAGACUGGCACUGGGCCUUGCGGGUGUCCCCCAUCGUGGGCAUGAUCACAGGAACACUCAUCCUCGUCCUGGUCCCGGCCACUAAGAGAGGCCAUGCCGACCAGCUCGGGGGGCAGCUCAAGGCACGGACCUCGUGGCUCCGAGACAUGAAGGCCCUGAUCCGCAACCGCAGCUACGUCUUCUCCUCCCUGGCCACGUCGGCUGUGUCCUUCGCCACAGGGGCCCUUGGCAUGUGGAUCCCGCUCUACCUGUACCGUGCCCAGGUCGUGCAGAAGACGGCAGAGACAUGCAGCAGCCCGCCCUGUGGGGCCAAGGACAGCCUCAUCUUUGGGGCCAUCACCUGCUUUACGGGCUUCCUGGGUGUGGUGACGGGGGCAGGAGCCACGCGCUGGUGCCGCCUUCGGACCCAGCGAGCUGACCCGCUAGUGUGUGCCGUGGGCAUGCUGGGCUCUGCCAUCUUCAUCUGCCUCAUCUUUGUGGCCGCCAAAAGCAGCAUUGUGGGGGCCUAUAUCUGCAUCUUUGUCGGGGAGACGCUGCUGUUUUCUAACUGGGCCAUCACUGCAGACAUCCUCAUGUGCGUGGUCAUCCCCACGAGACGGGCCACUGCCAUGGCCCUGCAGAGCUUCACCUCUCACCUGCUGGGGGAUGCUGGCAGCCCCUACCUCAUCGGCUUUAUCUCCGACCUGAUCCGCCAAAGCACCAAGGACUCCCCGCUCUGGGAGUUCUUGAGCCUGGGCUACGCCCUCAUGCUCUGCCCCUUCGUCGUGGUCCUGGGCGGCAUGUUCUUCCUAGCCACUGCUCUCUUCUUCCUCAGUGACCGUGCCAAGGCCGAGCAGCAGGCUCUCCCACCUCCCCCUGGGGCUGACGAGGUCCCUGCCCAGCACGUCCGGUCAACCGGCCCCCGUGAUGCGAUGUGCCAGAGCAGUGCCCGGGCUCAGCCCCCGCUGAUCCGCCGCCUUGACCCCUGCCCGUCUCUCCCCCAGGGCGAACGAGCUGGCAAUGCCACCCACAUCCAUGAAGGUCUGAGGCGGUGCCUCUGGAACUAUGAAGAACGUUCCCUCCCACCUAGUCUGGGAGGUGUCCUUCAGCAUCCCAGCCCUAGCCCUGCGGGGCUGUCUAGCUUCCCACGUGACCCACGGCUGGACACCCACCAUCUCUGGUCUGGGACUGCUGGGUGGCCAUGGCUCCAAGAGGAAGCUGUGUCCUCAGCUAACCUGGAGGGCAGUGUGUGCUGGGACCACACAGUUGGACAGACCCCCAGCCCUGGGUUAGGGCUGCAGGGCCCCUGGGACCCGAGGUGGCGGCAGCCCCCACUGGGUAUGUGGAGAGAGUCUGGCCUGCCAUCAGCUUAUGUGACCCUGGGCAAGGCCCUGCAUUCUCCAGACCGUGGGGCCAGGGAGCUGGACUUGCCCACGUGGCUGGCUGGGCAUGGCACUCUCAGCAGCUUUGAAGACCCAGAAGCUCCUGGACUGCACCCAAGGGUGGCCCAGGCCUCAGGGUGUCACUUCAGGCUCUGAGGCUCCCUGGUGUGUGGGACCAUAGCCUUUCAGCUGGGCCUCUGACCUCAGAGACCAUGGACAGACUCAAUCUGGCACCGGCACUGAGAACUCCCUAGCCUGGCUGGUCACUCGUCUCUGCUCCUUUGGGCUGGCUCCAGGGUGGGGAACCAUCCCAGUGGGGAGCUGGCAUCACCAGGGGUGAAGGCCCUGGUGGCUGCUACUUACCACCUGUGCCCCCAGACCUGAGAUCUUGGGGCUGCCUGCCUGGGAGACAGGGCUCUGACAGCCAGAGAAAGCAGCCACCACUGAGCUCCUGAUCCAAGGAAGAGCUGGUGCAGGCUGAGGCCUGAGAGGCUGACAUCCCAGAGCCAGCGCCACCUGAGCAUCGGCACUGUCGCUCACACAGCCCACAAACACCUGUGGGGUGCAGCUGCUGAACUUCACACCAGACCUUGGCGCCCAGUGGGCAGCGUAUCGCGUCCCCUCUGCUCCACACCCCCUCCCUGCACAUUUGCUGGAAUUGAGGUGGUUCUGGUCUGGGGGCCCCCUGCAGCCAGGGGGAGACCCUAAGUGCCAGCUCUCUCUGCCCUGUAGUUAGCAGCUGGUGUGGCUUCAGUGGUGUAAGCUACUGGAAUACCCACUCCCCACCGGGCUCUGGGGCACCCUGGAGGGGGCCUACCAAUGGGGUGUGAUCCCCGAAGACCAGCCUGGCCUCCACCCUCACCCCAGCCUCCACUGGGGCCCCAGCAAUGUUUUCUUGUUGUACAAGAACCAGGUCCAAGUGUUGCCUCCUCUUCCUUCCGGAAGCCAAACUGCUCCUUUAUUUUUUAGAGCUGCUGAUUGUGAAUCUCAGAGUCUUAAGAGAGAAGCCAAAUAUAUUCCUCUUGUAAAUGAAGAAAUAAACCUAUUUAAAUCA